GAUGAACCGUAAAAUAAAUCUCUUUAAAAGCAAUCAUAUACUUUUAAGUCUUUUAAGUACCUUUUAGAGAUUUGGGGGGAAAAACAAGUUGAUCCUUGCCUUGCAGCACAAGUUCAACACAGUACACCAAAAUCUAUUAGAAGCCUCAAAAACAGGACAACAGAGAAUUGGCAAACCGAAGGCAAUGAAAUGAGAUGCUAGACUUACCAGAGAAGAAAAAUCUGUUUAAAAGAAUCUCAUAUUUCUUUGUUCCUCUAUGAGGCAAAGAAGCAAGAGGAGAGAGUUGGUCCCAAGGCACAGAACAGCACAAAAGCCCCAAAAAGUAUCCAAGGUAUCAAAUGCAUACUUAUAUAUAACCAAUCAACCUUCAAUGUUGAGCAUUACCUUCAUCAAGUUCAAAAACCAAACACAUUUGAUUUGAAUUCUUCUUGAUCAUCUACAUAUGGCAGAACAAAGGCAACCAUUUCGCUUUCGGCUCCCCUGGCUAUCAACACCUGCUGCUCCAGCCCCACGCCCAGCUACUCAGUCACAACCCCCUCGUCCUCCAGUUCAAACACAAACAUCUACACAGCCAACCACUACUACUGUCCCCUAUCAGAGACCACCAUUUAGGCCUGCAGGGAUAGCCCCAGCACCCCAAGUCACUUCCCAAGCUCAAGCACCUCAGAGAACUGAACCUCAGCAACCAUCACAAUCUCGUGCAACCACCCAACCCCAAGUCACUUCCCAACCAGCAUCAAAACCAUCUCGUUCAACAACACAAACUCAAGCUGCUGUGCCACCACCAUCUCGUGCAACCACCCAACCCCAAGUCACUUCCCAACCAACAUCAACCCCAUCUCGUUCAACAACACAAGCUCAAGCUGCUGUGCCACCACCAUCUCGUGCAACCACCCAACCCCAAGUCACUUCCCAACCAACAUCAACACCAUCUCAUUCAACAACACAAGCUCAAGCUGCUGUGCCACCACCAUCUGGUGCAACCACCCAACCCCAAGUCACUUCCCAACCGGCAUCAUCACCAUCCCAUUCAACAACACAAGCUCAAGCUGCUGUGCCACCACCAUCUGGUGCAACCACCCAACCCCAAGUCACUUCCCAACCGGCAUCAUCACCAUCCCGUUCAACAACACAAGCUCAAGCUGCUGUGCCACCACCAUCUGGUGCAACCACCCAACCCCAAGUCACUUCCCAACCAGCAUCAUCACCAUCCCGUUCAACAACACAAGCUCAAGCUGCUGUGCCACCACCAUCUGGUGCAACCACCCAACCCCAAGUCACUUCCCAACCAGCAUCAUCACCAUCCCGUUCAACAACACAAACUCAAGCUGCUGUGCCGGCACCAUCUCAUGCAACCACCCAACCCCAAGUCACUUCCCAACCAGCAUCAUCACCAUCUCGUUCAACAACACAAACUCAAGCUGCUGUGCCACCACCAUCUCGUGCAACCAACGGGUCUCGGGUCACUUCUCAACCAGCAUCACCAUCCCGCACAACAAAUCAAACCCGGAAUGUAGCAUCUCUGCCUUCAUCACCAUCACGGGCAGCACCUCAAUCACGAGCUUACUCUGUGCCCCCAUCACCAUCUCGCACAUCUCAAACACAACCAGCAUCGCGGACAGACCCCCAGCCUGAGGCUCCACCUCGUUUGUCCUCUCAACCUGCUGGCCGAACAACAUCACAACCUUCUUCUCCAUCUCUCACAACCACUCAGGUACAACCAACUGGUACAACAGAUUCACAACCUAAAAUUCAAGAAAGCUCUCAGCCUACUCCCACUUCUACUCAAUCUCCAUCUCUCAUGACCACUCAGGUACAACCAACAGGUCCAACAAAUUCACAACCUACAAUUCUAAAAGCCUCUCAGCCUACUCCCACUUCUACUCAAUCCCCAUCAUCUGUAUCUGAGCAAGAGCCAAAGCCAGUAGUUGUGUCUCAGCCACCAUCACAAGAACCUCAACCAAAGGCACAAGUUCCAUCUGAAACUAUUUCCAAACCCCAGAACCAUACACCAAUUGAAACCUCCUCUCAACCUGAUGGAGUGGCAACACAGCCUACAAAAGUUUCCCCAGCUUCUAUAGAAGCCACAGAAACACUUGCUCCAACCAAGAAAUUAGAUUCUAAGCCCCUCCCUGAGAAAGAGUCAGAGGAAAGUCAAGUUGGGAAGAAAGUAGUGCAAGAAAAAAUUGAAGAAGAAAAGAAAAGUGGACCAGCUUAUGAAGAACCAGCGAAGAGAACAAUCGCUGAGCUUGUUAGCUCAGCAACAGCUGGUUUAGAAACACAGGCUAAAGACCUACAAAGUUUUGUAUUUCAUGCUAAACAUAAGCAGCAUGAGGAGAGGGAAGAAACUUUUGAGAGAAAGGAAACAGUUGUGACCACCAGCUCUAAUGCAAAACAGAUCAAAACUUCAAGUUCAGUGCAUCCAAAGGGCAGGCACACAUCAAUCAGAUCAACAACACAAAAGCCAAGUGCCAUCUCCAGUGGGGGACAAGUUCCUCCAUUCCAUGAAGAGGUCACAAAAGAUAUUUCCAGAUUUGUUCAAAAACUAGCCAGUGGCCAUCAGAUGGAUGAAAAUCCAGUUAGUAUCAUAAACUUAACUGGUGAAAACAGAGGAGCAACAAUGCACUUAAGCUCAGAGCUGGCUGAAAAAGAAGAAGCUGUCCACAUUCACCGGGGUUAUAAGCUCAACCCAGAUGAGAGCAUUAAUGACACUACUGAUAUAGAGGGAAGCUCCAAGGACAAAGUGUCCAAAGAGAAUUUUCCAUCAUGUCUACAUGUGAAUAGCAAUGUACAGAGUAUCAAUAACUCGAUUGUGUCUGACACUUCUUUCACAGCAAGGAAUCCUGGUGUUCAUUGUGCUCUAUCUCUUGAUCAAGCAGACUCCAUCAAAUCAAAUGGUAAACCGGAACUUCUGGAAACACACAAGGCUGAGUUCAAUGUCACCCCAGCUGAGAAGCAUACAUAUGAGCCUACCGUUAAAAGACGGUGCCUCAGAGGCCUUUUCAUGGAAUCUAGUGACUCAGACCCAGAUAAUCCUGAAAAGCCUCGUCGUCAUGGUUGCCGGUAUAGUUGUGGGGAUCAGAAGAACAAAGAUAAAGAUAUUGGAGUUCAAUGAUCAAGUGAAUUACAACAAUCUCAUAUUAUCUACUUACAGACAUUAAAAAAUAUAUUUGUACAAAGAAUAAUACAAUAAAUGUUUGUCAUGUAUUGAUAAUCUAAGGAUGCUAUAUCAUCCACCUUGUCAAACAAGUAUAUGCUAUGUACUGUGAUUAUCAUUUCUAUUAUCAAGAAAGUAUAGCACAAGAUUUAAUUUGCA